CAUCCAAGAUGGCGACGACCGGCGUGGAUGCGGCGCUGGAGCUGCUGAGGCGGCUCUCGGGGCUGCGGGACCCCAUCGAGGAGCUGCGGGAGCUGCGCGUGGCGGUGCAGUCCUUGCCGCCCGGCUGUCUGCUGGAGCGGGGUCCGGAGUUCCACUUGGAGGGGCUCUUCGUGCUUAUGGCGCGAGGGGACAGUCAGCAAAUUUCCGCAUGCAUUGCUAUCCUCGAUCGGCUCCUCCAGGCCAUGGAUCCUCUCUACGUGAUCCGAAACUUCGGGGAACAACUUCAGAAAGGCCUCUACCAUCAUGAUGAUUUGGUCAAAAUUCUUACUAUAUCUCAGGUUGGAAGGAUAGCCGAAGACCAGCUUGCUGUUAAAGAAAUCCUCAACAUGCCGGAAUUGCUGAGGCAGAUCAUAUACUGCAUUGCUGCAGAGAAAAUAUCCGUGGCCAGAGCGGCUAUCAAGACUCUGUCAAGAAUAGCAGAAUCCCCCGAAGGGCUGGAGGUGCUGUUUGGGGGCAGCUUCCUGGUUGACUUGAGAAAUGUCAUGGCCAAAGGCAGCGAUAUGUCAGACGCUAUCCGAGGUGUCACGAGCUAGUUGUCAACAUUGCCUCCGUGUCGGCAGAUUCUCUGAACUACUGUGUGAACAGCGGACUGCUUUCGCAGCUGAUUGAGGAGCUGACAGGCAACGACAUGCUCGUCAG